UAAGUUUCAAAGAUGUUUGCUGCAACACAGAGUUAUAUUCCUGGACUCAGUAAAAGACCUGUUACUCCACCAGAAGAAAAGAUACCAGCCUCCAAAAUCCCGAAAGAGGUUCCAAAGGAGCUAAUAGACAACUUCAGGAAUGGAUCCAAGCAGCCAAUUAGUGCCCUGAAUGAGUUUUGUUCCUUACAGCGUCGAGUCGUGUCUUAUCGUGAGGACGCGGUUAUGGUGGCUACCUACAAACAGACAUUUGCCUACGUGUGUAAAGUAGAUGGUAAGGAAUAUCCCCAGGGUAUCGGCUCCACCAAAAAAGAGGCCAAGACAAACUCCGCCAAGAUCGCAUUCAACAUCAUUCUGGGGUUUGAUAAAGAGGAAGAAUUAGAGGAGGAUGAUGGGUCAGUUCAGUUUGAUGCAAUGGGGAGGAAGCUACAAACAGAGCCAGGAAGACUGGGUUCACACGAGAAACCACUAAAACCUGAUGAAUCGAAGAACCCUAUAAACAAACUCCAGGAAUAUUGUGCCCAUAAAAUGCUUCCAUUCAAGAUUGAUGUCGGUGAUCAGAAAGGACCUCAAGGGUUUGUUGCUGCAGUUUUUGUGCGGGAUGAGUUCAUUGUGGAAACUUUUGCCAGUACAAAGAAAGAGGCCAAGAAAAACGCAGCUGAACAAGCUUUGUACCGACUGAUGGCCAAUGAUGAGAUUAUCAAGAAUCAGACAAUAAAUUUGACACUGGAAGACAAAAUGGCAGAAGCCUGUUUUAGACAUGCCCAUAAAAUACUCAACAUUGUCCCAGUAGUUCUACAAAAGGAUCUUCAUCUGGCUGCGUUUCUUGUCAAAAGAGGUGACUCUGUGGGGGACGUGGUUGCUAUGGGGACGGGGUGUCGUACUCUGUCCAGUGAGAGCUUCACGCGGGAUGGCAGGUGUCUGGUGGACAGUCAUAGCGUUGCCAUGGCGAGGAGGGCCUUUCUGAAGUAA